AACCGUCUUUCUUCUCAAGUAGAGGCUUUAAUUCAGCCUAUUGAUAAUCACGACAAGAUCGGUUCCAGCUUCAAGUCAUUCUAAAUAGCACUGAACAAUUUGGAAGGAAUGGAUACGAACUCGCAUCUAACGGUGAUAGAACCUUUACUGACCCGACUUCGGGUGGUGGAUCUGAAAGAGCUCAUUCGUGAAAUAAAUGCUCAAGGAUACCGUCUAACUAUAACCGGAGUGAAGCACGCCCUUAUUGAUCGAGUAUUGGAAUUCUUCGAAAAACUCAACUUACAGCACAAGGAACGUGAGAUCCAGACCGUUCUUCCAUCUCUGAAUAAGCAUGCUGGGUUAUUGGUCCAUCAUGUUUGCUAUCAAAAUCAUCGAUUUUACCGCAUGAUUGAUUUACCGCACGAAGCAUUAACGAACAUGCAUGCAAAUGACGAGGCUCGGACCGAUCCCAGUUCCUUAUUACCAAAAUCCACUUUGCUGCAAUCACCCCCGUCCACAGCCAUCCAGUACAAGGACAGUCCGUUUUAUGAAAUCAAGGAGAAGAUAGCCGGCCCAAAAUAUUGUCCAAAAGCGGUGAAUUCUCGAAACUCGGCGUCGUUCGUUUUCAGUUUUAAUAAUGCUCAGCGAUCACUUUUGAACGAAGCACCUGCCGACGAUAAUCGUCCCCUUUAUCAAAUCCGGUUUUUUUGUUCCGAGCAUGCUUCCAAUUUCCAGGGUGCGAAUCUCAAUACUAAGCAUGUCAUUGAAUUUCCUGGCCUAUGCGAGAUCAAAGUAAAUGGGCAUAUUAUUCCUUCUUCGGCAUAUCGAGGGUUGAAAAAUCGUCCUGGGACAGUAAAUCCUCUGGAUGUGACAAAUAUGAUUUAUAUCGAUCGAGCCAAUCAACUGGAACUGACAUAUGCUAAUACGGCAAGAAAUUUUGUUGCUACAGUUCAACUUGUCAAGCGACAUCCCAUUGCCUCUCUCAUCAAUCUUCUGAAGGAAAAACAGUGGCUAUCAAAAGAGAAUGUUUUGGCAAAGUUGGAAGCGCAAAAUGCAGAUGAUGACAUUGUUCUUGAUUCCGAGACGAUUUCCACAAAGUGCCCACUUGGCUUUACACGUAUCGUGACACCCUGUCGUCCUUCGGCUUGCCAUCAUAUACAGUGUUUCGACGCCACCAACUUUUUGAGUAUGAACGAACAGACGCCAACUUGGUCAUGCCCCGUAUGCUCGCGUAAACUGGAAUCGUUUCAGGAUUUGGUCGUGGAUGGAUAUUUUGCAGACAUAUUGGCCAAAAUGCCAAACGAUGUUGAACGCGUACGGAUUGAACCUGACGGUCAAUUAAGGUUGCUUGAUGAAGAUCUGAAAGAGCUGCCUCCGAAAGUGGUAGGGGUUAAACGCGAGAAUGAUCACGAGGAUGGUUACGAUUUCCAGGCACCGAACGAUGCUUCUGUCACUAUUUUGGAGGAUGAUGGCACUGACGAAGACAGCAAUUCAACGCAUGCAGAUGAAAGCAUACGAAACGAUAGCACACAACACAGUGAUGGAACUGAUGCACAACGACAGAAAACUGCAGAUUCGCCAUGGACCCCAGUAAUCGAAAAUCCAGUGUCAAGGCGAGCAGUUUCUGAAGUGAUUGACUUGACCAGUGACGAUGAAGAGGAGGCAAACCAUGGUGUUUUACUGAACGCAGGACAGGUGCCAGAACUAGCGGGAUCUUUCGGACAGUCAAUGCCAGAUUCAUCUACGGCGGCACAUCACAAUUCAAUACCUAUCAUAUCUCCCUCGAUAAGCAAUUCGAUCACUGAUAAAGCAACGAAAAUGUCACCCAGCGCUUCCAUACUUCCUCCCCCAUGUCCUUCCUCAAUACCAGAUCAUUCAUCGACGAUUCGCAGUACCGUUUUGCCAUCCUACUCACCUCAGCCAUUGGAGUCCUCGUCAUCAUCAUCUCUCAGUACGCACAUGUCUUAUUCCUCUCCAACACAAUCCAGUACCAAUCCCCCUGCGCACUCAUCGAUACCGGCGCAAGAAGGUUUCCCGUCAUUCUCGUCGUCAUUACCGUCAUCUCCAGCGUCGACUUCCUCGUUACCUUUGGUCUCUGCGCACGAUCUUUCACUUCCGUUGCCAACGAGUAAUGGCAUUAUAACGACUUCAUCCACGAGUGCGCCUACACUUCCAUCCAUUUCGACAUCUUGGUUAUCCGGAAUAACUGACGCGCCUUUCAAUUCAUUGAGCGAAUCUUCAGCAACGAAUUCUAACCCAUCAUCAUCUCCACCAUCCGUUCAUCCGUCGUUACAAUCCUCCAAUAUCUUCCCGUCACCACCAUCUAUCGCGCAGCCUUAUAAUUCAUCUAUCCUGUACCAAAAAUAACCUAGUUGCAAGAAAAAUUGAAAUUUUUUAUUGUUAUGUCAGUGUCGUGUCGGAUUCCAAAUGUAAAAAUUAUCUUAUGCGGUCCCAGGCUAGACUUUAUUCUCUUUUCAGUAAUACAACAAUCACAAGAAGUUCACACAUGUUUUUG